AUAUCAACUACUUUUGUCUGAAGAGGAUUGUUGAUUUUACUUGUGUGUACUGCGCUAGGGAAAAUAACGCAAUGUCCGAGUAGAUACUGAAGAAGUCUAAAAUUACCGGGGGACGCGCAGUCUAAGCACUUUUGGUGAUCGUCGGACUCGCAGUUCAGUAUUUAAUAUACUUUGGGGUUCAGUAAUCCUUUACAGCACGGUUGACUGUGGAGAUCCGGUGCUCCACGGCGUCUUCGCACGGAGGCCUUCCAGAGACGCUGGAGACGGCUCUCCGUGCCGGGGAUCUCAGCUGAACGCCAUCUGCUCGUUUAUACUUUAAAUCCGCGACCAUGGAUACAGACAAGUUUAACUACGUCUACAGUUGUGAAAUGGAUAUAAAUGUGCAGCUUAAAAUCGGCAGCCUGGAGGGUAAGCGGGAGCAGAAGAGCUACAAGGCCCUCCUUCAGGAUCCCAUGCUGCGGUUCUCGGGGCUUUACCAGGAGACCUGCUCCGACCUCUAUGUCACGUGUCAGGUGUUCGCUGAGGGCAAGCCCUUGGCACUUCCUGUGCGCACCUCCUACAAAGCCUUCAGCACGCGCUGGAAUUGGAAUGAGUGGUUGAGGCUCCCAGUUAAGUACCCAGACCUGCCCCAGAGUGCUCAGGUGGCACUCACCAUCUGGGACGUGUACGGGCCCGGCCAGGCCACACCAGUGGGCGGGACCACCGUCUCUCUCUUCGGGAAGUACGGGAUGUUCCGACAGGGGAUGCAUGACCUGAAGGUAUGGCCGUGCAUGGAGGGGGACGGCAGCGAGGUCACCACCACCCCGGGGCGUACCAGCAGCAGCCUGGAGGACCAGAUGGGCCGCCUGGCCAAGGGUCCAGACCUGGAGAUACUCAGUGAUCUGACCAAGGCGCAUCGUCAGGGUCACAUGGCGAAGGUGGACUGGUUGGACCGUCUGACGUUCCGUGAGAUCGAGAUGAUCAAUGAGAGUGAGAAACGGAGCUCCAACUUCAUGUACCUGAUGGUGGAGUUCCCCAGAGUCAGACAGGGAGAGAAGGAGUACAGCAUUGUCUACUAUGAGAAGGACGGGGAUGAAUCUGCCCCCUUGCUCACCAGCUCCGAGAUCGUCAAAGUGCCGGACCCUCAGAUGUCCAUGGAGAACCUGGUGGAGAGCAAACAUCACAAGCUGGCUCGCAGUCUGCGCAGUGGGCCGUCCGACCAUGACCUGAAGCCCAACGCCGCCACGCGCGACCAGCUCAAUAUCAUCGUGAGCUACCCCCCCACCAAGCAGCUGAGCUCCGAGGAGCAGGACCUAGUGUGGAAGUUCCGCUAUUACCUGACCACGCAGGAGAAGGCCUUGACCAAGUUCCUGAAGUGUGUGAACUGGGCGCUGCCCCAGGAAGCCAAGCAGGCCCUGGAGCUGCUGGGGAAGUGGAAGCCCAUGGAUGUGGAGGAUUCCCUGGAGCUGCUGUCCUCCCAGUUCACCAACACCACCGUGCGGCGCUACGCCGUGGCCCGGCUGCAGCAGGCCGACGACGAGGACCUGCUAAUGUACCUGCUCCAGCUGGUCCAGGCCCUCAAGUACGAAAACUUCAACGACAUCCAGGGAGGGCUGGAGCCCGGAAGCAAGCGAGACAGCCAGGGGGGCCUGGGUGAGAGCGGUGCCCUUGGGGAUGUGGACAGCUCACAAAUUCUGACAGCCUCACCAGCACCCCCUAGUGCCCAGAAAGGAAAAGAAGGUGCAGACACUGAGAAUCUUGAGCAGGACCUGUGCACCUUCCUCAUCUCCCGAGCCUGCAAGAAUUCCACCUUGGCAAAUUAUCUGUACUGGUAUGUGAUAGUGGAAUGUGAAGACCAGGACACCCAGCAGAGAGACCCCAAGACGCACGACAUGUACCUGAACGUCAUGAGGAGGUUCAGUCAGGCUUUGCUCAAGGGAGAUAAGAGUGUCCGUGUGAUGAGGUCCCUCCUGGCCACCCAGCAGACCUUUGUGGACCGGCUGGUCCAGCUGAUGAAGGCCGUGCAGAGGGAGAGUGGCAACCGUAAGAAGAAGACUGAGAGACUACAGGCCCUGCUCGGCGACAAUGAGAAGGUGAACCUAUCAGAGAUUGAGCCCAUCCCCCUACCCCUGGAGCCCCAAGUCCGGAUCCGGGGCAUCGUUCCCGACACUGCCACGCUCUUCAAGAGUGCGCUCAUGCCGGCCAAGCUGAUCUUCAAGACGGAUGAUGGGGGCCUCUAUCCAGUCAUUUUCAAGCACGGGGAUGACCUCCGGCAGGACCAGCUUAUCCUGCAGAUCAUCUCGCUCAUGGACAAGCUGCUGAGGAAGGAGAACCUGGACCUGAAACUGACUCCAUAUAAAGUUCUGGCCACCAGCACCAAGCACGGCUUCAUGCAGUUCAUCCAGUCAGUGCCUGUGGCUGAGGUCCUGGCUACAGAAGGUAAUAUCCAGAGCUUCUUCAGGAAACAUGCCCCCAGCGACAAGGGUCCCUACGGCAUCAGCUCCGAGGUGAUGGACACCUACGUCAAGAGCUGCGCGGGAUACUGUGUGAUCACCUACAUCCUGGGAGUCGGCGACCGGCACCUGGACAAUCUGCUCCUCACCAAAACAGGGAAGCUGUUCCACAUCGACUUUGGCUACAUCCUGGGCCGGGACCCGAAGCCCCUGCCUCCACCCAUGAAGCUCAGCAAGGAGAUGGUGGAGGGCAUGGGGGGCAUGCAGAGCGAGCAGUACCAGGAGUUCAGGAAGCAGUGCUACACCGCCUUCCUGCACCUGCGCAGGUAUUCAAACCUCAUCCUGAACCUCUUCUCUCUCAUGGUCGAUGUCAACAUUCCUGACAUCGCUUUGGAACCGGACAAGACUGUUAAAAAGGUGCAGGACAAGUUCCGUCUGGACCUGUCUGACGAGGAGGCCGUGCACUACAUGCAGAGUCUGAUCGAUGAGAGCGUGGGGGCGCUGUUCGCCGCCGUGGUCGAGCAGAUACACAAGUUCGCCCAGUACUGGCGAAGGUGAGCCGACGACCUCUGGGCCGGCAGAUGGGAAGCACCGAUUCCCCCAUGGGGAUGCCGAGGACAGCCACCAGGGCGGCGCACAGGAGCCACCCACCCCAGGCCACACGCUCGCAUUCCAAGUGGUCACCAACCGCGAGUGUGAGCAGACCCUCAAGGUUUUACCAUGACAGCAAGACUUUUAUCUUUCUUGUACAUAUCUACUGACCCAAUCUGAAAUGUUUACUGACCUGUCAUGGCCAAAUAAAGAGAUGGAAAAUCA